AUGGUGCAUAAGGUGCAAAUGGGUCAACUGACUGCACCCGCCAGCCGGCUUAAAAGUGUCGCAUCCCAGAUUAUAGCAUCGCUGUCUCCGAAUUUCCUUCUGCUUGACCUUGGGAUGGCCAUCAGUUUUCCAACCAUCGCGCUGCCCGUUCUACUCAACGCUCCAGAAGGAUUGUCGCUAAAUGACAUCCAAGCCUCCUGGUUUGGCAGCCUCUCCUCAUUAACCCAACCUUUUGGCGCUUUCCUUUCUGGACCACUUGUGGAUUACUUUGGAAGAAGAAAGGCAAAUUUCAUUGUGAACUUGCCACAUAUUAUCGCAUGGAUCCUGAUGUAUUUCGCGUGGAAUCUGCCUUCCCUGUUUUUGGCAAACGCCUUGUUGGGCCUCGGCACCGGAAUUAUGGAAGCACCAAUCAAUGCUUACGUGGGGGAAAUAAGUGAACCGUCAAUCCGCGGCUCCCUAUCAACGUUCACACAACUGUUCCUGUCUUUUGGCACCUUUGGCAUGUACCUCCUCGGUGCCAUUGUGGACUGGCGCCACGCGGCACUGAUCAGUCUUGUGGUGCCCAUCAGCUCUAUGGCCUUGGUGCUCUUAGUACCAGAAACUCCAGUAUGGUUACUGUCACGAGGCAGGGAAAAAGAUGCACUAAAUUCCCUUUGCAAGCUCCGCGGAUGGACAACACCAGAACAUGUCAAGGAGGAGUUCGACCAACUGAUCGACUACAGCAAGAAGUUACAAAACUGUGUCAUUUGCUACAAGAUGCACAAACUGGAAACACAGGACUGCGAACAUUACAAGAUGAAUCCAAUAAAGAGAUCGUUUUACAAGUUCAGAUACGUGAUGUUGGCCAAAGAAACACUGAGACCGUUGACCUUCGUGAUGGUCUACUUCAUGUUCUACGUCAUGAGCGGCCUUACGCCCAUCAAACCGAACAUGGUGAACAUAUGCGGCGCUUUCGGGAUGGCUCAGGACGGGAAGGAAGUAGUUCUCAACGUUGGCGUUAUCACCAUUUGCGCUAGUAUCCUCGUCAUUCUGUUAAUCAGCAAAGUUGGCAAGCGUAAAAUGGCUAUGGCUUCUUUACUAGGCACUGCCAUAUCGUGCACCGCUUUGAGCAUUUACGCCAAAAAGAAUUUGGCCGACACCGUGUUCUCCUAUGACGCCAGCACCUUCCCGAAAGAAACGAGCUAUGUUCCACUUAUUCUGUUUUACUUAAUGGCGAUCUGCACUGGGUUCAACUUGCCGUGGGUGUUGGUGGGAGAAGUUUUUCCGUUCAGAAGUCGAGCAUCAGCGCAAGGAAUCGCAGCGGCGAGCAACUACGUAUUCACCUUCAUCGGUGCAAAAACUCUGAUAGAUCUAGAACUUAGCGGCCAGCUAUGGGGUACGUUCGCGGUCUACGCAGCUAUCGGAUACGUCGGGACGAUUUUCUUGUACUUCUUCCUCCCCGAAACCGAGGGAAUGAGCUUGGAGAAUAUCGAGGUCUUCUUUAACGGCGACAAGAUUCAGACGUUCGCUAACGAUCCGGUGAUAAACACCAUCAAGAAGCUUAAAAGGAAAAACGUAACGCAG